ACCACCGAAUAUCGGCACGGUGAGGUGCCGGUGACGGUGGCGAUUAUCAGAGUUGCCACCUUCCGAAAACUUCACGAAAGCGGUUACGAUUACGCAUAAAGAAAAAGAAGAGUAUCUCGGCAUCGAUUCAUCCUCAAAUUGUUUUGUCCCCCAGGAAGAAAGAAAGGAAAGAAAAAAGUGGACAAGCUCUAAUAUUUCAGAUUACUGACUUCUGACACUGUAUUUUUCAAACUUUUGAUGAUUGGAUAGUUGGUGACUUUUGAGCAUCCACGAGCAAUAUGAAGAAGUUUGACAAUCAGAAACAUCAUGCUGGUAAGGAUGCUAUGUUGGGUUGUGCUUUGUGGACUGAUGGACUAAUUUGUGCUUUUGAGGCCGUACGUGGCCACAGAAAGUGUAGACCACAAGAUGUCAUUAGGGACAAGAAACAAGGAUCUAAAAACAGGAUCACUAGUUCAGUGCCAGUUCAAACUGUAAAGAGAAACAUUUCGAAUUCUGUACCAUUUCCAGAAUCAUAUGAUGGUGGGAUUGAUAGUUAUGACCACGGUUGUAACUCGGAGCAUUAUUUCGGCUAUGCUCAUAAUAAUAUGAAUACUGGAAACUGUUGGAUACCAAUUGGCUGGUCAAGAAUUACUCAACUUGUGGAGACAGUACAAGUAAAUGGCUGCUGGGACUCUCAACAUGAAGAGUUUGAAAUUGAUGAUAAUGAAGUCACAGUUGCAGAUAUUGCCGUGCCCUACAGGGAACAGGCUGUAGGGCCCACCUGGUGGUGUCAUGUUGAUGCAGGACAUCCUUCUAUUAGUUCUUGGUUGAGUAACUCAAAGUGGUUACAUCCAGCUAUCAGCAUUGCUUUACGAGAUGAAAGUAAGCUUAUAAGUGAGCGUAUGAAGCACCUCCUUUACGAGGUUCCUGUUAGGGUUGCUGGUGGACUGUUAUUUGAACUCUUAGGACAGUCAGCAGGUGAUCCAUAUGUAGAAGAAGAUGACAUCCCGGUAGUCCUAAGAUCAUGGCAAGCACAGAACUUUUUAGUUACUGCAUUACACGUCAAAGGUUAUGCGGCAAACGUCAAUGUGUUAGGAGUUUCAGAAGUUCAGGAGCUGCUUGCUGCAGGAGGUGGUAAUCUACCACAAACUAUUCAUGAAGUUAUAGCACUCCUAGCAAGCCGCCUUGCUCGGUGGGAUGAUAGAUUAUUUAGGAAAUACAUUUUUGGAGCAGCAGAUGAAGUUGAGUUGAAGUUUAUGGACAGGAGAAAUCAUGAGGAUUUGCAUCUAUUCAGCAUAAUAUUAAACCAAGAAAUCAGAAGGCUGUCUUCGCAGGUUAUAAGGGUAAAGUGGUCUCUACAUGCUAGAGAAGAGAUUGUUUUUGAGCUCCUUCAACAUUUAAGAGGUAAUGCAGCAAAGCGGUUACUGGAAGGAGUAACAAAAAGUACUAGGCAAAUGAUUGAGGAGCAAGAAGCAGUUCGUGGACGUUUGUUUACAGUACAAGAUGUCAUGCAGAGUACCGUUCGGGCCUGGUUACAGGACAAAAGCCUGCGGGUGACACAUAAUCUAGGAGUCUUUGGAGGUUGUGGCCUCGUUCUUUCCAUCAUUACCGGCCUCUUCGGGAUAAAUGUUGAUGGAAUUCCCGGAUCAGAAAGUUCACCGUUUGCUUUUCUUCUGUUUUCCUGUAUCCUCAUACUUCUUGGCAUCACGUUGAUUGUUGUCGGCUUACUCUACCUUGGACUAAAAAAUCCCGUGAUGGAAGAGGAAGUUGAGGUCAGGAGACUGGAGCUACAGGAGCUCGUAAAGAUGUUCCAGCAAGAAGCGGAAUCUCACGCACAACUUCGAAGAUCGGAUUCAAGAACCAAGAUGUCUUCUGCUCCUGCAUCUACCAUAUUUCCGGGUAGUUGUGACGGUUAUGUUCUUAUGCCCUGAGAACAUCGUCAACGAAGAUUGCUUGAAUCAAACGUCGAUUUGAGUAUUGACUUCUUACGUGGCAUGAUAAGGACCAAAAAUCUUACGUGGUAGGAGACAUAGCAAAGACCGAUAAUCUAACCUGGUAACAGAGGGAGGAGACUGUUACCCGGUAAGCAUUUACCACGACAUGUGUCACAAUGAUACUGCUGAAAAAGUACGUAUAUGUAUGGAGUCGCACAUAAAGAAUACAUAUGCUUCGAUAUAAUUAUUGCACCAUCAAAAACCUGAACAAUAUCAUGUUGAUUAUUUAUUAGUAGAAGGAUACUGGCGUAAUACGGCUAUAUACAUCUCUAUUUUAAUGUUCCACGUUAUUCAUUGU